AUGUCCGAUUUCAGGUGGCCCAGACCCCUCGGAUCGGAUCCAUCCAGGAGAGACCAUAGCAAAAAAUGCGCUUACCAUAAGGAGCACGGCCAUACAACGGAGACGUGCAGAAGCCUCCAAUAUUUGGUGGAAAGGCUUAUAAAGGCGGGUCAUUUAAGGCAAUACCUCCGUUCAGAUGCUGGAGAUGGAGAUGCCUCCCGGGGCCGCGACUCUGGGGCCCCCAUGGCUCCGGCCGCCCCCAAAGCCGUCAUAAAUUACAUUAAUGGAGGCCCGUCGGAUGAAGAGCUCAAUUCCAAGCGAAAAAGGCAGAGGUUGUUGCGGGAAGCGAUGGUGCGUGAGCGUAUCAAUUCCAUCCGACCUGGGAUAACCGAAGGAGGCCCGCACCCCAUAGACGGGACAAUCAUUUUUCCUCCAGUAGACCCCACGCGGAUAUUACGUCCGCACCGUGAUGCCCUCAUUCUAUCCUUGGGGAUAGACAAAUUUGACGUAAGACGCAUCUUAAUUGACCCAGGUAGCUCAGCUGAUCUGGUGCAAGCAUCAGUCAUAAGCCACAUGGGACACAACUUAGUCGGUCUCGAAAACCCUGGAAGGAUUUGUCCGGAUUCAACGGGGCAUCAACUAUCUCAUUGGGAGACAUUGUGCUACCAGUCCAAGCUGGCCCAGUCACUCUCAACGUUCAAUUUCCGGUAG